UAUUAUAGUAUAAAGUUGGUGGCGUUAAUAAAAAGUGUAGGGUGGUAGCUUAAAAGAUAAGAGACUAGGAGUUCCUAUUUCCUACUCUUUACUUCACCCAACUUUCUCUUCCCACACUCCACUCCCUUCUCUUCUUUACCUUGCUUUCUAGGUAGCAGUAGCAGUAGUUUGUGAAGGAUGAGGAUCUUGUGUUUAACGUUGUUGCUUCUGUCUAGUGUGGCAAUGGGAGAAGAUGCCGAUCAUAAACACUCCCUAAAAGCCACCUCACACGCGCAGAUCCAGUGCACAAUGUGUUCCUCUUGUGAAAACCCCUGCGGCCAAGUUUCUCCGCCGCCGCCGCCGCCCUCACCGCCACCUCCUUCCACCACAAACUGCCCCCCACCGCCGUCUCCUCCUUCCUCCGGGGGCGGUGGCGGAGGUUCCUACUAUUACUCUCCACCCCCACCCUCUCAGUACACCUACUACUCACCACCUCCACCAGCAUCCACCGGCGGUGGUGGAGGAAUCUACUACUACCCUCCCCCCAGCAACGGAAACUACCCCAGACCACCGCCGCCGAACCCGAUUGUGCCGUAUUUUCCGUUUUACUACUACAGCCCGCCGGCGCCGGGCGCCGCCGCUCCUACGCCCUGGACGGCCUCUUUUGUUCUCUGUGCAAUUAGUUUGUCCUCCUUUCUGAUGUUCUUGCUUUGAUCGUAAAUGCAAGAAACAAGAAAAAAAAGGGCUAUAGUGGAAAUAACGGCGCAGAUUUGCAGAUCUAGAGAUUCUGAGGGAAAUGAGAGUGAGAGAUGGAAGCGGUGGUGUAUUUCCCGUUCUGCCCUGCACACACCUACAGAACCCACACAUGUGAACUCGCACGCACGCACGCGCAUCCUCUUACUACAUAUGUUUUCUCUCUCUGGAUUUCUAGUGCCAAUGUAGAUUUUAUGUAUUACUACUACUACUAGUGAAGUGUUAUUUGGUCAGUAUAAAAUUGAAAUAAAUUACACUUAUUCACGUGAUGCAAAUAA